AGUUUUCGUUCAGAGCCAUGGUAGGCACACGCGUUUUUGUAGGUAAUUUACCUAGCGACACAAAUGAACGUGACUUAGAGCGAUUCUUUAGAGGUUAUGGUCGUAUGCGCGAGGUGCUCUUGAAGAACGGUUAUGGAUUUGUCGAAUUUGACGAUCACAGGGACGCAGAGGACGCAGUCUAUGAAUUGAACGGCAAGAAGCUUCUUGGCGUUAGGGUCACCGUCGAGAGGGCCAGAGGUACUCCUCGCGGUAGGGACCAGUAUUACGCUAGGGAUAGGGAUCAUCCUACUCGCGGAGGCGGCGGCGGCGGUGGUGGUGGUGGUGAGCACAGAUCACGCAACGAUCGUUACGGACCCCCGACUCGUACAGCUCAUCGACUGAUUGUGGAGAACCUCUCUUCAAGGGUCUCUUGGCAAGACCUUAAGGAUUAUAUGCGUCAAGCUGGCGAAGUAACCUACGCCGAUGCCCACAAGAAACGCAGAAAUGAAGGCGUCGUCGAGUUUGCGUCCAGCUCGGAUAUGCGUAACGCCAUGGAGAAGCUGGAUAAAUCAGAAAUCAACGGUCGCAAGAUCAGGUUGAUCGAGGAUAGACCGCACAGCAGUCGCUCAUCAUCGUACAGUAGCCGCAGCAGAAGCAGGAGCCCAAGGAAGAGCAGGUCCAGUUCGAGGUCGCGUUCCGCGAAGAAGUCCAAGUCCCGCUCCGUCUCACGUAAGAAAUCGCUCGAACGUUCCCGCUCCAAAUCCGAGCGCCGCUCACGUUCCCGCUCGAGCCGCCCGAAAUCUGACCGUCGCUCCCGUUCCCCAUCAAGGCCCAAAUCGCACUCUCGCUCUGUAUCGCGCCCGAAAUCUGCCGAGAAACGAUCACAUUCUCGCUCACUUUCCCGCCGCCCUAAGUCCCAUUCCAGGAGCGUCUCCAGAAGACCCGACGACCGUUCCCGUUCGCGCUCCUUGAAACGCGACGAAAAAUCGCGCUCGCGUAGCCGCCAAGAUAGCAGGUCGCGUUCCCGCUCCAGAUCACGCUCAAGGUCUCACGACAACUAAUUAACCAAGCACGCCGACGCUGAA